UCCUCCGGUGACAGACCGUCCGCCCGCACUCAGCUCGGCCAGGCGGACAUGGUAGAUUACCACGCUGCUAACAACCAGACGUCGACAGGCGGUGUUCAAAUCUACAUGGAGCAAGAGAACGAUUGGGACCGGGACCUCCUGCUGGACCCGGCCUGGGAGAAGCAGCAGCGGAAGACAUUCACGGCGUGGUGCAACUCCCACCUACGGAAGUCCGGCACGCAGAUCGAGAACAUCGAGGAGGACUUCAGGGAUGGGCUCAAACUCAUGCUGCUGCUGGAGGUCAUCGCAGGCGAGCGGUUACCCAAGCCUGAGCGAGGAAAGAUGAGGGUCCACAAGAUCAACAAUGUGAACAAAGCCCUUGACUUCAUCUCCAGAAAGGGAGUGAAAUUGGUGUCAAUCGGAGCAGAGGAAAUUGUUGAUGGAAAUGCGAAGAUGACCCUGGGAAUGAUCUGGACCAUCAUCCUCCGCUUCGCCAUCCAGGACAUCUCUGUGGAAGAGACCUCUGCGAAGGAGGGUCUUCUCCUGUGGUGCCAGAGGAAGACCGCUCCCUACAAGAAUGUCAACGUGCAGAACUUCCACAUGAGCUGGAAGGACGGUCUCGCCUUCAACGCUCUGAUCCACAGACACAGACCCGACCUCAUCGACUACGACAGCCUCAGGAAGGACGACCCAGUCACCAAUCUGAACAACGCCUUCGAAGUGGCUGAGAAGCACCUGGACAUUCCUAAGAUGUUGGACGCAGAAGACAUUGUGAACGUUGCUCGUCCAGAUGAGAAAGCCAUAAUGACUUAUGUGUCCAGUUUCUACCAUGCCUUCUCUGGAGCGCAGAAGGCUGAGACCGCUGCAAAUCGUAUCUGCAAAGUUCUGGCCGUCAACCAGGAGAACGAGCAAAUGAUGGAGGACUACGAGAAGCUGGCCAGCGAUCUGCUGGAGUGGAUCCGUCGCACCGUCCCCUGGCUGGAGAACCGGACCCAGGAGAAGACUGUCCAGGACAUGCAGGCGAAACAGGAGGACUUCAGAGACUACCGCUGCGUCCACAAACCACCAAAGGUCCAAGAGAAAUGUCAGCUGGAGAUCAGCUUCAACACUCUGCAGACGAAGCUGAGGCUCAGCAACAGACCUGCCUUCAUGCCAUCAGAGGGACGCAUGGUGUCUGAUAUCAAUGGAGCGUGGCACACUCUGGAAGGAGCAGAGAAAGGCUACGAGGAAUGGAUCCUCAGUGAGAUCAGACGUCUGGAGAGACUCGAACAUCUGGCCGAGAAGUUCCACCAGAAGGCCGCCAUCCACGAGUCCUGGACCGAUGGUAAGGAGGCCAUGCUGACCCAGAAGGACUAUGAGACUUCCACCCUGUCAGAAGUCAAGGCGUUGCUACGGAAACACGAGGCCUUUGAGAGCGACCUGGCCGCCCAUCAGGACCGAGUGGAGCAGAUCGCCGCCAUCGCACAGGAGCUCAACGAGCUGGACUAUUACGAUUCUGCCAAGGUGAACGCUCGCUGUCAGAAGAUCUGUGACCAGUGGGACAGCCUGGGAACUCUGACCCUGAACCGCAAAGAGUCCCUGGAGAGGACAGAGAAGCAGCUGGAGUCGAUAGACGAGCUGUACCUGGAGUACGCCAAGAGGGCGGCGCCCUUCAACAACUGGAUGGAGGGAGCGAUGGAGGACCUGCAGGACAUGUUCAUCGUCCACAACAUCGAGGAGAUUCAGGGUUUGAUCACAGCCCACGAGCAGUUCAAGUCCACCCUGUCGGAGGCCAACAAGGAGCGGGAGGCCAUCCAGUCCAUCCAGGCCGAGGUGCAGAAGAUCGCCCAGAGCAACGGCAUCAAGCUGAGUGGAGCCAACCCCUACACCACCAUCACACCGGAGAGCAUCGACAGCAAGUGGGAGAAGGCAAUGGCCAUGGUGCCGCUGCGUGACACCGCCCUGCAGGGCGAGCUGAACAAACAGAACAACAACGACACCCUGAGAGCCAAGUUCGCCACCCAGGCCAACAUAGUCGGUGCCUACAUCCAGGAAAAGAUGGAGGAGAUCGGCCGGAUAUCCAUUGAGAUGAACGGCACUCUGGAGGAUCAGCUCACCAACCUGAGGGACUACCAGACCAACAUCAUGUCCUACAUGCCCGAGAUCAACAAGCUGGAGGGAUCCCACCAGCUCAUCCAGGAGGCCCUCAUCUUCGACAACCAGUACACUUCCUACACAAUGGAGCACCUGCGUGUGGGCUGGGAGCAGCUGCUGACCACGAUCGCCAGAACCAUCAACGAGGUGGAGAACCAGAUCCUGACUCGUGACGCCAAGGGCAUCAGCCAGGAGCAGCUGUUCGAGUACCGCGCCUCCUUCAACCACUUCGACAAGGACCACAGUGGCGCCCUGCAGGCCGAGGAGUUCAAGGCCUGUUUGAUCAGUCUGGGCUACGAUGUGGAGAACGACAAGGGCGACAGCGAGUUUGCUCGCAUCAUGAGCAUCGUGGAUCCCAACGGCAGCGGCGCCGUCACCUUCCAGGCGUUCAUCGACUUCAUGUCCACGGAAACGACCGACACGGACACGGCCGACCAGGUCAUCGCCUCCUUCAAGAUCCUGGCCGCUGAUAAGACCUUCAUCACGGCCGAGGAGCUGAGGCGGGAGCUCCCCCCCGACCAGGCGGAGUACUGCAUCGCCCGCAUGGCGCCCUACUCGGGGCCGGACGCCACGCCCGGCGCCCUGGACUACAUGUCCUUCUCCACCGCCCUGUACGGAGAGAGCGACCUGUAGAGCAGGAGAGAGGAAGAGGCUGGAUGGAAGCUGGGGUUGUGGGAGUGAAGGGGGGGGGUGAGGUAGGAAGGAAGGAAGGAUGGUAGAGAGGUUUUCUGCACGUGGAGGAGGAGCCAGUAAGAAGGAGAUGGGAGGGGCGGCUGUGAGCUUGUUGAUUGAACUGAAGUUAGGUUUCACCUCCAGCUCCUGAUGAAUGGAGGUGGAGUUUUAUGAACGGGCAUAUCCAGGGGCAGGUGUGGGGGGGGCGGGUCCUUAGCUCCACCCUCUCUGUCUUCUGGUCGGGUCA